CAACUUCCACUCCACCAACCAGCCUACUGCAAGUCCGGAGGAGGGUGGGGAAGGACAGAGUAGUGGGCAAAUGAGGAUCCAAGGCUUGGAUGGGGAAAGGGGGAGAGCCUGUGAGCCAGGAAUCGGGGAGGCUGGGCCAGGGCCGGGAGGCUGCUCCAGUAAGGAGAGGAGCAGGAGGAGGAAGGGCGAGUCCUACUCGGUAUCCGGGGGGCGGAGUCGGGACUCCAGGAUCCAGGGGGCUUAGGAGGCUCUGAGGUCCCGGCUGUCCGGAGGCCGAUGGUCCCGAUGGGCGAGGGAGGGAUCCCCCCAGCCUUCCAGCUGCUGCUGCGCGCCUGCGAUCAAGGCGACACCGAGACAGCAAGGCGGCUGCUGGAGCCGGGGGCGGCGGCAGUGGAACCAGCAGAACGCGGCGUCCCGGACGAGGAGGGGGGUGCAGGGCAGACAGCGGCGGCGCUGCUGGGGCCGGUGCCCGUGGACUGCACGGAUGAAGCCGGCAACACGGCGCUGCAGUUCGCCGCGGCCGGAGGCUACGAGCCUCUCGUGAGGUUUCUACUGCGGAAGGGGGCCUCAGUCAACAGCCGCAACCACUACGGCUGGAGCCCGCUUAUGCAGGCGGCGAGAUUUGGACAUAUAAAUGUGCUUCACAUUCUCUUGGAAAACGGGGCAGAUGUCAAUGCACAGAACAGACUUGGGGCAAGUGUGCUCACCAUGGCUUCCAGAGGUGGUCAUCUCAGUGCAGUUAAGCUUUUAUUGGAAACAGGAGCCUUCGUUGACAAUUAUGAUCAUUUUAAUCACAAUGUGCUUGAGAAUGGCAACAAAGGGGACCUGCCAGACAUCACUGCCCUGAUGAUAGCUGCCCAGCAUGGACACGAGGCGGUGGUCCACCUCUUGGUGGAAUGGGGAGCUGAUGCCAAUUACAGUGUUAAGACUAUGGGCUGGAGUCCACUGAUGUUGGCAGCUCUUAAUGGGAGAGUGAGUGUGGCUCAGCAGCUGGUGGACAAAGGAGCUAACCCUGACCACGUCAAUGUGCUGGAGAAAACCUCUUUUGAAAUUGCACUUGAUUUCAAACAUAAAGAAAUGAUAGACUAUUUGGAUUCUGUUACAACUGUUAGACCCAAAACAGAUGAAGAGAAAAGACGGCCUGAUAUUUUCCAUGCUUUGAAAAUGGGAAAUUUUCAGCUAGUUAAAGAGAUUGUAGAUGAAGAUCCCAACCAAGUAAAUAUCAUUAAUGGGGAUGGAGCCUCUCCUCUGAUGCUAGCAGCUGUCACUGGACAGUUGUCUCUUGUGCAGCUGCUCGUUGAGAGAAAUGCAGAUGUUGAUAAGCAGGAUAAUGUUCAUGGAUGGACAGCACUGAUGCAGGCCACCUACCAUGGGAAUAAAGAAAUUGUUAAAUAUUUAUUAAAUCAAGGAACUGAUGUUACUCUUCGAGCAAAAAAUGGAUAUACAGCUUUUGACCUAGUCAUGCUGCUGAAUGACCCUGAUACAGAACUCGUACGGUUGUUGGCGUCAGUCUGCAUGCAAGUAAAUAAAGACAAAAACAAAUCAAUCAGCCAGUCAUCUUUGCCCCAGUCCAGGAUUAGACAAUCUUUGAGUGUCCCAGUGUUGCCAGAUGACCGAGGUGGACUGAAGUCAUGGUGGAAUAGAAUGUCCAACAGGUUCCGAAAGCUCAAGCUGACCCAAACGUUACAUCGGGGGCUUUCCAGUAAUCACCCUAUGCCUUUCACGGAUGAAUCUGAACCAUCCCUGGAUUCUACAAUGAAAGCCACACCCCAGAAUGAGACAAGAAAUUCUAGGAUUCCCGACAUUGUUACCCAAAGCAAGGAUUCUGGUCCUACACAUACGAGAAUAGAAAAAGAAGAUGCUUUAUUAACAACAAUGUUAAGAAAUGGUGCUCCUUUUACUAGACUCCCAAAUGAUAAGCUGAAAGCAGUGAUUCCUCCUUUCUUACCACCAUCAAAUUUUGAGCUGUGGAACUCAGAUCGGACUCGGAUAAAUAGAGAUGGUCAAACAGAACAAAUGAAGACUAUAUUGCCACAAAGAUCUGUCAAAUACCAUCCUGUUGGCAGUGGAAAUUCUGACAUUACAUCUGUCAGGCCUGUUAAAUUUCCAUCUGUUACAAGAAGUCCUACUUCUCCUACAAAUUCAGGAAAUUUCAACCAAUCACCCCACUCUUCUGGUGGGUCUAGUGGCAUAGGUGGAAUUAACAGACAUGGUGGAGAAAUACAUAACAGAUCAGGUGGCAGCAUAGAUAGUGUUUUGUCCCAAAUUGCAGCACAGAGGAAAAAAGCCGCAGGAUUAUCCGAACAGAAAUCCAGCCAGCAGUAUAGUCCAGUCUGUACAGCUCCUGGGUCCACCCUGCCUGAUGUCCAGGCUUCUCCAAUUUCGGGCAACAUUCAUAUUGGAAAGAAAUUGGAGACAAGCAAAAGACCUCUAUCUGGAACCUCAACUACCUCCAAAAGCACUUCACCAACACUUACCCCAUCCCCAUCCCCAAAAGGGCACAAUGCAGAAUCCUCAGUUUCCUCCUCCUCUUCUCACAGACAGUCUAAGGGGAGUGGUGGCUCUAGCAGUGGAACUAUUACUGAUGAUGAUGAGUUGACUGGAAUCCUUAAAAAAUUAUCACUUGAGAAAUAUCAGCCCAUUUUUGAGGAGCAAGAGGUGGACAUGGAAGCAUUCCUCACACUUACUGAUGGUGACUUAAAAGAGUUGGGUAUUAAGACAGAUGGUUCCAGGCAGCAAAUUUUGGCAGCUAUUUCUGAAUUGAAUGCAGGCAAGGGACGUGAGAGGCAAAUAUUACAGGAAACCAUUCACAGCUUUCAUUCUUCUUUUGAGAGCAGUGCCAGCAAUACCAGAUCUCCUGGGAACUGUCAGUCCACCACAUGUUGGGUAAGACAAGAAGAACCAGCCUCUAACAAGAGGUAGCACAGAAUGGAUGUUCUUAAAGCUUGGGAGAUUGGUUGUCAUUAUACAGAACACCAUUUUCCAGAUGUGGCCAAACUCUGCUCCUAAUGCUGCUAAAAUUCCAUGCAUUCAUCCAAAAGGAAAACAGUGACAGCUAAGCCAGCUCUUUAAAAAGAACUCUCCCUUUUCCUUGCUGCAUGGAUAGGAAGAUGGAGAAACCAGUAAGAAUGUUUCUUUCCUAGACCAAAUGAAAGAGCAUCUCCCAAAAACAAAGCUGAACAAGUAGAAGGCAAGAGUGAGGGGAGAAGCUGAAUGAAUGCAUGCAUAUAAGGCAUAUUUAUAAAUUAAAAUAAUUUCUGAAGAAUACUGUAUCAUUCAUAAAAAAAUUAAGCAGUCUUUGUAAUUAUCAAAUAGGCUUUAAGAUUUAGUCAAAGUAUCAAUAGACAUUCAGUUACACUGAGCAAACCAGAUAUAAUUUGAAGUCAACAAUCAUUUAUUAAGCACUUAAUAUUUGCCAGACACUGUGGGAAAUGGUUCCUGUCUUCAGUGUACUUGGAGGGAAACAAGACUUAUUUAGAAUAUUAGUAGUAAAGAGUACAGCAAUAACAUAUAUAAAGGAGUGAAGAAUAUGAAGAGAGUAUAUGAAUAAAAGCUACAUAGAGUUGGGGCUGGGAGCUGAUCCUGUGAUUUUAUUUGUAUAGAGAUGAAAUUCUUUCUCAGUCCCUGUUAGCAACUUCUCUGCAAUUUAGAGAAUUAGAAGUUGUCUAGAGAAGAAAUGUCAAUUACUCUCAAGUAUCAUUGGAAACAGAUCAAAAUAUAAUUGGGAAAAAUUUAACAGAAUAAAUAAAAAUAUGAUAGAACAUAAUGUUAAAAUGUGCCUUUCAAAAUGCUGCUGGAAGAAGAUUAAAAUGUAAUUGGGAAAUAUUUAACAGAUAAAUAACAAUAAAAUUGAACACAAUGUUAAUAAUGUCAUUUUCUCAGUCACUAUGUGCUGUGGGGAUUCUUAUGUACAGCUAUUUCUAUCUGACUUUGACUCUACUGAUCUGGAGCAUUGAGAUGUGUCACACAGCCAGUAUGUGUAAAUGGCUGGCUUGCAAAUUGCCACUAGGAUUCAGAGAAUGGGGAAGAUCAAUAAGGACUUAAUUAUUAACCAUUCUAUACAUUUCCACUCUAAGUGCUUGGAAAGUAAGGAUUGUUUCUUUUUUCCAAAGAAAACUUAAGACUACUGAACAAUUUAAAAAAUUAAAAGACAGUCUUCAUCAAAAAUGAUUCAAAGAUUUUAAGCUGGAAUCUUCAAAGUACAUAGUAAGUGUGUUCAGUUUUGGAAAGUGAAUUCAGUUAGCAGUAGCAGGUAAUGUUCAUUUUUCUACAUCUUCAGGUAAAUUGUAAACAGUAAAGUUCAUAGUAAGUAAAGUUCAGUUUUGGAUAGGAUAUGGAUAGGAUCUAUGAAAAGUUAGAAGUCCAAAGCAGAAGUCCAAAUGAGCAUUAAGGAUUGAAAUUAUAUUUAAAUGUCAAAAUAGAGGUAAUAAUAGAAGCCAUGGAAAUGGAUGAACUUUUUAAGAAAAAAAAAUAAGGUAGAUGGAGAAAAACAAAGGUUCACAGAUUGAGUUUCUCAUGGAGCAGAAACAUAAAUAAAAAGUAGAAAACAUCCUUUCUCUUCCUUCCCUUCACCUUUACUCCAAGGGUAUCCCUUCUCUGAGAACAAAGCAACAUCCCUGAGUAACUCUAGAUCUAUAACUCAAAUUAUUGAAAGAGUCUCUAUUUUUUCUCAACAUAUUUUAACAUAUGUACAUAUAUGCAUAUAUAUACAAAAACAUAUAUGAAGAUUUCCUUUUCUCAAAUAUUAGAUAUUUGACUUCCCUCUAUAUAAAUUUAGGAGAAAAGGAUAAACAAUGAUAUAGUGAACACUGAAUUUUGAGUCAGAAAAUAUGAGUGAGCAUCUGUCCUCUGCUUCUUACUAUGAUAUUAAAUAAAUUCCUUAAUUUUUUGGA